AUGGAUUUUCCGGAUUCCGAGAUCAAGCUUUACAUGGAAUCAUUGACCGGGUUCACCGGAGAGAAAAAAAGAACAGUAGGAACGGUGAAGAUACCCAUCUACGUCGGCGGGUCAGCCCGAAUGAUCAAAUUCCUAGUCCUCAACAAGCCGGCAAUAUAUAAUGCGAUUUUGGGAACACCAUGGCUGUUCGACAUGAAGGCCGUCGCUUCAACAUUCCACCAAUGCGUCAAGUUCCCGACCCCGUCAGGGAUUUUCACCCUCAAAGGAAGCCAGAUCGCGUUCCGGUUAUGCCAUCUCACCGAGUGCAAACUCAGUCUCGCACGGACAUGCGUCAUCAGUCCCUUUCAGAAAGAUCGUGCGGCCGCAGUAAGCCAGUUCGGUCCACCGAAACAGAGCCAAGUCGACCAAGUCUGCAUUGAUCCGACAGAUCUAGAAAAAUGUGUCGGCAUAGGGGCCGAACUCGACAGCAAUAUUCGGGAAGCACUCAUCAGUUUCCUCCAGAAGAACGUCUCCAAAUUCGCAUGGAAUAUCCGUGACAUGCCCGGAAUCAAUCUAGACAUCACUUGCCACGAGCUAAAUAUCGAUCCUACAUACAAACCUAUCAAACAGAAGAGACGCAAGCUCGGACCCGAGAAAGCACGAGCGAUUAACGAUGAGGUCGAAAAAUUGCUCAAAGCCGGUUCGAUCACGGAGGUUCGAUACCUGGACUGGCUAGCAAACCCGGUAGUCGUGAAGAAAAAAAAUGGAAAGUGGAGGAUCUGCGUCGACUUCACCGACCUGAACAAAGCUUGUCCCAAGGAUAGUUUCCCACUACCACAAAUUGCUCGGUUGGUAGAGGCAACUGCCGGCAACGAACUGCUAUCUUUCAUGGAUGCCUUCUCGGGGUAUAACCAUCCUAAUGCAUCCGGAUGA